AUGAAUAUAAAGCUCCACACAUGUGAAUGUCAUCAUAGACAAAUACAGACAUAGGCGCGGUACUGAGUUAGAAUGGGAAUAUAUUUGUUAACAACGCUAUGGACUACCAGCAUUCUAUGUUCAUCUGUUUAUGUAUUAGCCAGGCCUUUCGCGGACCACGACGAAAUAUUACUGUGUGCUAAUGGCUGUUCCUGCACCGGUCACAUCGCCAACUGUUCCGGGAUAGGUGACCAAAUAAUACCGCCUCUACCUUCGGGAAUAACCACGAUCCUGUUUCCACAUAAUCCACUCCACUACGUCUCAAACGACACAUUCAAAAACGUGAAACAUCUAAAAAUCAACAGUCUUGAUAUAAGCUACUGUGAUAUAUAUUACCUUAGUGAAGAGGCUUUUACCAGUUUGCCAUACCUAGUCACGUUAGAUACCAGUGGUUAUAAAGUCCCACGGGCGGUAUUACAGGCGGUACACAACACUGCAAUACAUACACUCAUAUUGAAGUUCUCAGGUUUAUCCCAGCUUCCUAUGAAUGAUCCAUUAACCAACUUGACAACUCUGGACAUAUCUGGAAACAACUUUAACGAAAUGAGUACUUCAAUAUUUGCGAGUAUGUUUCCUAAUUUGAAUACUCUUAUCGCUGAUGACAACCAGAUCAGAACAAUUUCGUUUCAAAAAAUGUCUGGAACUAUCUCCGCCUUAUCUGUUAGAGGAAACGAGGUAACUGAUCUGGAUUUAUCGUGCAGGUUUGAUGGUAACAACUCAUUAGAAAAGUUGGAUAUAUCAGGGAACUUCAUUACAAACUUAACACAAUUACAGGAAUAUGGUUCAUGUUUUCCGAAUUUAAAGACAUUGUUCUUGGAUUACCUGCCACUUCGAGAUAUACCAGAUUACACUUUUUCAAAUCUUACAUCGCUGAAAAACCUCUCGAUGGAUUUUAUUGGUCGCCUUCAGAAUAUAGCGCCAAAGGCAUUUUAUUCUCAGUCACUGGAAGUUAUUCUUGUUGGGAGUGCGAAAAGUUUCAGACUUAGUAAUGAUUCGGUGAAUUUGUUUCAGUAUACUACAUGUCUUACAAACCUCACAACUAUCCAACUCAAAAUUCCUGAACGUGACCCCGAAUUUCUUGGAAACUUUAUUGCACCGCUGAAAAAUCUGCGGAACCUGACCUUGAAGUUUGCAGACAUAAGCAGUUUGCCUGAACGAUUUCUGGAUCACACCUCCAAUCUUAUAUCGCUUACACUGGUUGGAAACUAUUUCAGUAAAUGGGAACACAGUGUAUUCCCAACAUCCAACACGUUGCGUUAUAUAGAUUUUGGCUUAAAUCAUAUAACGGAUAUUGAUAAAAACUCCUUCCCCGCCCAUGUGUGGGAUAAUUUGUUAAUGCUGGACCUCUCCAACAAUCCGUUUGUCUGCUCGUGUCCUUUGUACUGGUUCAGACGGGAAUGGAUCCCUAACAACAUAAUGAAGCUUAGAAAAUACCCGAGCUUGUACUACUGUGAAUCCCCACAGGAAAUGAAAAAUCGACUGGUCAAUGAUUACUAUCCAAAUGCUACUGACUGCUUGGACCCCUUAGUGGUGAUGGUCAUUGUUUUGUCCGUGUGUCUCUUUGUGAUAAUCAUGUUAGGUGCAAUGAUUUACAAAUUCAGAUGGCAUAUCAAAUAUUACGUGUACCUCUGUUGUGCAAAGAGGGGAUAUAAGAGGAUAGCAGAGGAAGAUUGCUUCCACUUCGACGCGUUCGUAGCCUACAAUAGUGAUGAUCGACUAUGGGUACUGACAAAAUUGAUGCCGUUCUUAGAAAAGCAGCAAAAGUUCAGACUAUGUUUGCAUGACAGAGACUUUGAUCCUGGGAAAUUGAUUGCGGAUAACAUUGUCGACAAUAUGAGAAAAAGCCGGAAGUUGAUUUUGGUUCUAUCGAAUUCGUUUACAUCAAAUGAAUGGUGUAAGUUUGAGCUGUUGAUGGCCCAGAGUAGAUUCCUGGAGGAGGGGUCUUCCACUGUUAUUCUAGUGAUGUUAGAGAAGGUAGAGUUACUUCAGAUGUCUGGACCGCUCGGAAUCCUACUUCAGAACAACACUGCUAUUGAGUGGACGAAUGAUCAAACAGGACGAAACUUAUUUUGGAAUGAAUUGCUUAACUCUGUCAACUAAGGAAA